AUAGAAAGGGGGAGAGAGAGAGAGAGAGAGAGGGCCAUCGAUGGAGAGCAGAAAGAGCGUAUCCGAAAUCGAAGUAGAAGAUAUUGUUGCAGCCGGGCUACCUCUUGGAGAGGCUCGAGUCAUUCACGAAACGUUGAAAGGCGCGACGGCUCGAACCAAUGGCUCGAGACCCGACGAGCUAUGGCGUGACCUGUCGACUCGGGUCCUCCGACCGUCUCAUCCGCACGCGCUCCACCAGCUGCUGUAUUACUCGACCUACGCUCGAUGGGAUUCCUCCACCCGUGGACCCCCACCUUAUUGGUUCCCUUCUCUGACACAUGCCAAACACACAAAUCUGGGGCGUCUGAUGGAAACCCAUGGCCCAAAGCUCUUAGGAUCAUCAUAUCAAGAUCCUAUCACAAGCUUCAACCUAUUUCGAAAGUUCUCGGUUGAUUAUCCUCAGGUUUACUGGUCCAUUCUUGUGAAACAAAUUUCUGUUGUCUUUCAUGAAGACCCAAAAUGUAUUAUGGAUACUGGUGACAAAUCAGAGCAUAGAGGAGUAUGGUUUCCGGGUGCGGUCCUUAAUAUCGCCGAAUGUUGUCUGUUACCCAUGAAUUCCCCAAACAAACAGGACGACAGUGUGGCUAUUGUAUGGAGGGAUGAAGGUCAUGACGAUUCUCCUGUUAAUCAUAUAUCAUUGAGAGAAAUGCGAGAACAAGUAAUGUUGGUUGCUAAUGCACUGGACGCAACAUUCACCAAGGGCGAUGCAAUUGCAAUCGAUAUGCCAAUGACAGCCAAUGCAGUUAUCAUAUACUUGGCAAUUAUUCUGGCAGGAAUGGUUGUCGUAUCAAUAGCUGAUAGUUUUGCAUCAAAGGAAAUUGCAACCCGCUUGCGAGUAUCUAAAGCAAAGGGCGUCUUUACUCAGGAUUUUAUCGCAAGAGGAGGAAGAAAUUUUCCCCUAUACAGUCGGGUUGUGGAAGAUUGCCCAUGUAAAGCUAUUGUGAUUCCUGUAGCUGGAAAGGAUCUGGGAAUUCAAUUAAGGGAACAUGAUUUAUCAUGGAAGGAUUUUUUAUCACGAGCUGACCAUCUUCCUAGUCCAAAUCACUAUUAUCCAGUUUAUCAGCCGAUAGAGGCUAUAACUAAUAUACUUUUCUCUUCAGGAACCACAGGAGACCCAAAAGCUGUUCCAUGGACCCAUCUUUCUCCAAUGCGAUGUGCAGCCGAUUCAUGGGCACACACUGAUACCCAGGUUGGAGAUGUUUGUUGCUGGCCCACAAAUUUAGGAUGGGUAAUGGGUCCAAUUAUGUUGUAUGCAUGCUUCUUGAAUGGUGCUACUCUGGCCCUCUACCAUGGAUCCCCUCUUGGUCGUGACUUUGGCAAAUUUGUUCAGGAUGCUGGUGUGACUAUGUUGGGUACGAUACCGAGCUUAGUCAAAGCCUGGAAGAGCACUGGAUGCAUGGAAGGACUUGAUUGGACAAAGAUUAAGGUUCUUGCCUCUACAGGAGAAGCCUCUAAUGUCGACGAUGACCUAUGGCUUUCUUCACGGGCUUCUUACAAGCCUGUUAUUGAAUGUUGUGGAGGGACGGAGCUUGCAUCUUCCUACAUUCAAGGGAACUUGCUUCAACCACAGGCUUUUGGAGCGUUCAGCUCACCAUCAAUGUCGACGGGGCUGGUCAUCCUCGAUGAGCAUGGGGUUCCUUAUCCAGAUGAUCAACCGUGUGUUGGAGAAGUGGGCCUAUUCCCUAUAUAUAUGGGAGCGACUGAUAAAUUGCUGAAUGCUGAUCAUGAGGAGGUUUACUUCAAGGGAAUGCCGAUGUAUAGAGGAAUGCAACUUAGAAGGCAUGGAGAUGUGAUUCAGAGAACUGUCGGAGGAUAUCUCAUAGUACAUGGUCGAGCUGAUGAUACCAUGAACCUUGGUGGUAUCAAGACAAGUUCAGUUGAAAUCGAGCGUGUUUGCAACAGAGCCGAUGAAAAUAUAUUAGAGACUGCUGCGAUUAGUGUUAAAUCCAGAACUGGUGGGCCAGAACAACUGGUUAUAUUGGUGGUACUUAAGAACGGAUCAAAGUGCGGACCGGAUCUGCUGAAAACAAAAUUUUCAAAAGCUAUCCAGAGUAACCUUAAUCCUUUAUUUAAGGUCAGUUUUGUCAAGGUCGUUCCAGAGUUCCCUCGAACUGCUUCAAACAAGCUAUUGAGAAGAGUUUUGAGGGAUCAAAUAAAGCAGGAGCUCUCAGUUCGCAGUAGAUUAUAACCGGCGAUAUAUUUCAUAUUUGGGUGGUUUAAUUUUCAACCUGUUUUAAUGCAUGUCUUAGUUGAGAAUACAUACUCGAUGUUCUCCUUCAUGUAGAUAGUGUUUAUAUUUGUUGUUGUGAUGCUACUGUCCUGUGAGUUAAAUCCCACAAUAGGUAGUUGCAGAGACCAUUCAUAUCCACAUGAAGGGGCUCAAGUUAUCUAAUUUAACAUUUCAAUUAAUAAUGAUGUAGCACGUUUUGCACCUGGGAGUUAGCCCCUCUUCGAAAUAAUGUAGUCUCUUUUGAGUUUCC